CGACGACUCUUUGAUGAACGUCGUUGUCCAGGUAAAAACGCGCUGUGCAAAAAGCGAUUCAAAUCGAACUCAAAUCGAAUCGAUUUGUAGUUUGUGCCGUGAAACUGACAGCUGUCACUAAAGACGGGUCGAGAGACGGAUGAGUGGCUGCGGGGAGGAGGACGCAGAGAUGGAGGAAGUGAAGUUCCUCUCCUGGAACUCGUCAGGCAAAAUAUCUGGACAACGAAAGAACAAAAAACACAAGAAAAACAUGGUCAGUCAAAAGGUUGAAGAGAAAAAGAAGAAAGUGAAGAAAAAAGGUGGACUAGAAGAAGGAACAUCUGAAAGAACAAAGAAGAAGAACAAAAAGAAAAAGAACAAAAAGGGAAUGGACGACCACUUCCUCCUUGUACAGUCAGAAAACCUGGAAUGUGCUCAGAGCAAGGAUGGAGCUCAGAAUCCAAGUCAUGUGACCAGAGUCUCCAAGAAGAAACCCCAAAAGAAGAAGGUCACCUUUAGUUUGCCCAAAGAUUUCAUCUGCGCCAAACAUCCGCAGUUUACGUCGACAUCGCCGAAGAAAGACGUGGAUGUGGGAAACAGUGAGGUUGUGGGUCAGGAGGAUUCUCCGGCGUGCAGUGAGGACUUUAACAGUCAGGAUCUCUUCAUCACACAGAAGACGUUCAGGACAUCCCCAGAGCUGGAGUCUCCUGAAGGUCCAGAAGAAUCAGAUGAACUGCUGCAGCUCGGGGGUCUACACAAAACAUCUAAAGAACAGGAGCACAAAAGCAGGAGAUCUAAGGUCAAACACACAGUUCAGAAGCUCAAGUCCAGCAUGAAGCUGGAGGAUGACAGACCAGUGAGUUACCUCAAGUCCAGCAGCGCCUUUCCGCAGGCUUGGUCCUCUUCUUCGGAUCCACCACCGGACCAACGUCGUAGAAUGAACUCCUCCACACAGACAGAGAACUUCUUCACCACUGAACUCUCCUCCUAUCAUCGCUUCUGCCAAGAACGAGCAGAUAGGUCACGUCUUCAGAGCUGCAGAGCUCUGGACCUGCGACUGUCGCACAGAGCCAGGAACCAGCACAAACACCAGAACAUGUCCUCCCCGUCGCCGACGUCCUUCAACCAAAAGGAAAUGAAGAAUGAGCAGCAGGAGCUAGAGCUAGAGCUAAGUCAAUAUCCAUGUCUGCAAUCGGUGUUCGAAUCCAAAACUGUGGACACCUCCACGUCCAGUGAGGACAGCGCUGCAAAAUUGGACCUGACCCAGGUGCACUUGGUCCAGACGAGACUGAACGAGUCUUUCUUCUUCAGGAACAAAGCAGAACCAAUGAUGGACAGACCCGAGUCUCCUCUUAUGAAACAGCCUCUGGUACCAAACCUAAAGAGUAGGAAGAGACACUGAGACAAAGGUGUGGACUGAGGUGAAGGACCAGGAGAUGUUGAACACAUGAAACACUGAAGCUCCUGGACUCAUCUCACUAUGGACCUCACUAGGACCUGAUGUGAAACCUCAGUCGGUCAUACUGGAAUAAGACUGAAAAACCAUUUCAUGGUGGACAGCUCACAGGAAGUGACACUCUAGCCUUUAGUUGUGAUAUUUUUUUCACUGUGGUGGAAGAAAAAAAUCUGUUCAGAACAUGUUUCCGUUAUUCACAGUUGGUAAAUUAACUUUACAUAUCUCUCACUGUCACACCCUACAGGCCACAGAGAAAAUCUGUGACUUCAUAGGCAAAGGCGCUGCUGGUCCUCUGCUGCCACCUGUGGUCAGUUUGUAUUACUGCGGUAAACCUGAACAAAAGAUUUCAAACAGUUAAGUCACAAAUUAGCACAUUGGAGUCACGGAGGCUGCAGUGGCUCAACAACUGUAACCGUACAGACUGAUGUCAAGUCAACUUUGGACAUUUACGAUAAACUUGUAACUAAAUUUAAACCAACUUUCAACGUGUCCUUUAAAUACCGAUUCCCUUUGACUGUUGCCGUGACAAACCUAAACUUAACUUUGGCCAAGGUCAAAGUUAAGUAGUUGCACGUUUGUUUUGUUUCGUUUGUCAUUUUGAAUCUGUGUAUUUCCGAGCACAGACUGGUUCAGACUGGUUUAAAAUGUUUUCCUAAAAUAAAGACAGAUAAUGUUGUCAUCGUGCCUACAGGUUGCAAAAGUCUGUCUGACCAGCAGGAGCAGG